AGUAACCAAUCCACGUUAUAAAAGUCCUCACCGAUGUGACAGCAACGAGUGGACCUGUCUGCUUCUCUGGAGGGGCGGAAGUUACCAGUUCAACAUCAUUUGCAUCCGUUUUUAAAAAGUGGUCGGUUUGAUCAUUUUCAUUCACUCAUAUCAGCGCCAUAAUAUCAUAAAUCAUGGCUGCCUACAGAUUGGUGCUGAUUCGCCACGGAGAGAGCAACUGGAACCAGGAGAAUCGGUUCUGCGGCUGGUUCGACGCUGAUUUGAGCGAGACCGGGGAAAAGGAGGCGAAGCGAGGUGGACAGGCCCUGAAAGAUGCCGGAUUUGAGUUUGACAUUUGCUACACCUCCGUGCUGAAGCGGGCCAUCAGGACACUGUGGCUGGUUCUGGACGGCAUUGACCAGAUGUGGGUGCCAGUGCAUCGGACCUGGCGGCUCAAUGAGCGCCACUACGGAGGCCUAACGGGGCUGAACAAGGCAGAGACAGCCGCCAAGCACGGAGAGGCUCAGGUGAAGAUCUGGAGGCGCUCGUUUGACAUUCCUCCUCCCCCCAUGGGCCCAGGCCAUGACUACUACACUAUCAUCAGCAAGGAUCGUCGCUAUGCAGACCUGACCGAGGACCAGCUUCCUUCCUGCGAGAGCCUUAAGGACACCAUCGCACGGGCACUGCCCUUCUGGAACGACGAGAUCGCGCCUCAGAUCAAACAGGGCAAGAGAGUGCUCAUCGCUGCCCAUGGAAACAGCCUGAGGGGGAUUGUUAAGCACCUGGAGGGAAUGUCAGAUGAAGCCAUCAUGGAACUGAACCUGCCAACAGGCAUCCCCAUCCUCUAUGAGCUGGACAAAAACCUGAAACCUGUGAAGCCGAUGCAGUUCCUUGGAGACGAGGAGACUGUACGCAAAGCCAUGGAAGCCGUGGCUGCUCAGGGAAAAGCCAAGAAGUAAAGCAAAAGAAAAACCCUCUCUGUGUAUGAUGGUAUAGCUUGUACCAGACAACUGGCCUCAGAUUAGUGUUUUUUCCUAAACCCUAAUUUAUUUUGGAUUGUUAUACAUGAUGAAUACACUGGAGUUUGUUGUGAAAGGUAGGCUAACUCCACUUGUACAGUGCAGGGAUAGUGGAUGGUGAAUGGUUAGGAUAUAUUAUGGCCUAGAGAGCCACAGUUCUCAAGAGAUUGUAAAUAAAUUUUUGCUUAAAUGGUCCAUUAAUAUUAACCUUUUUAAUAAGGUAGCAAUUCCACUGAAAUUGAGAGUAUUGCUGAUAAAGUCAGUUUCUUAUUUGCGUAUUUAAAUAUUUAAUUAGUAGCCCUUUUGCUAAUUAAAACAUUUCCCUUUUUGGGGGGGUUGUG